GCCACAUCCACGCUCAACCUGCUCUCCCUUCCUCCCGAACUCAUCCUCGAGAUCGCCGACCACAUUCCCCCUGACGGCAUCCUAUCACUAAAGUUCACGCAUCCAAGUUUCAACACCCUCCUUCCGCUUGCCCCGCGUCUCAAGAAUACCGCUUUAACUACCUGUGCCCGACUAGCCAUUCGAACCUACCUUUCUCGCCCAGAGCCGAAACCUUCCCACAUACGUUGCAUUCUUUGCAAAGCCAUUUAUCCCGCUGCCCUCUUUAGUUCCUCUAGCAGCCCGGCAUGUUUACCUCGAUAUCCUACCCAUAAUGCCCCGCAUACGGAGAUUGUCGAACUCCCAGCGCGGUUUUGCGCUUGGCAU